CAGGCAGAGAGGAAGGUCAGCCCGACGGACGGCACAGAGCUGGGGGUAUGGAUCUCACCGAUGGCAGGACUGAGGGCUUCAGGAUCGACAACACCAGCUGGAGAGGUCAAGGAUCAGUAGAGGGGGUUGGAGACAGAAUUUUGGAGGAUGACAAAGAACUUGUGAGGAAACUUGAUCAGAUCUGGAUCAGCAACACCAAACUCCAAGUCAAUAUCCCAAAAUACAGCAAAAGGGACAAUGACUUUCAGAGAGAGAAGGCGCAAAGCAAACAACCCACUCCGAACAUGCAAAGAAGUUACGCUGAUGUACUCAAAGGCACAAGGAGAGAAGUUCUACCUGCUAAACCACACAGGUCUACUUGGCAACAGAGAACGACAAAAAAGCAAUGGACUGGACUAGAGUUCACUGUUAAUAAGGAGGAUUCUGCAUGGCUAGAUGGCUACUACGUGGGAACAACCAGGUCAGUUGAGUUAAUCCCAACCAUGCAAGAAAAACUCUAUAUGGAAGGGUACUUUGCUUGCACUGUCAAACCCAUGGGAGGAAGGCUUAUGUUGCUAAGUAGUGAGGAUAAGGAUGAGUUGAAAGAUUGGUGGAGAAUGCAGCAGAUUGGCUUGGCUAGUGAUGAUAGCACAAGUAGGAAACUCAGGUUUGAUAUUGUUAGAGUUUUAAUCUCAACAUCCUCAAAGGAUUUUAUCUCCAAAUCCAUUACGAUUAAGGUCAGUGGACAAUUCUUUAACAUUGUGAUCAAGGAAGAAGAAGCCUCUAAUGGCUUAUUUUCUAUGAAAUCAGAUCAUGUCAUCUUCUCCAACAGCAACUCAGAUGGUGAUGAUAUGGUUUCUUGGUCAAUUUGCACCGUUGAGACAAGGAACAAAAUGGAGAAUGACGAGCUCAUUAAUUGCAAAGAUUUUGAAAUCCCUAUUGAAAUUGGUGAGAGAGAUGCAGUGGGCCCUCAACAGGUUGCUUUCGUUCAAAAAAAUGAGGACGUGGAGGCAAGGAGAGCAUUAGAAGAUGUUGAGUCUACCAACUGUGUAGAUUUCGAAAGUCUUCCUAAUGCCGGCAAUGAUGUGAGAGUUGCAGUGGGGCCUUUUGAGAUUGCCUUGGUUCAAGAUUUAUCAAAGAAUGUUAGGAACAGAUGUGAAGAGCAGAUGACAUUAGCAGAAAGUAGUGCACAGAGCAACGCAAAAUCAUGGCCCACCACAUGUUCUGGAAGGAACUUGGAAUGGGGCCUCAAGGGCGAGUCCUCUAAGCCCAAUCCUAAUAUGGAUAAGACAACACAAAGCCCUUCAAAAGGAAGGAAUCUGGAGAUUGAACCAGAGGAAAACGUAACCAGCAUUCACCGAAAGCUUUUGUGUGAAAAGAAUGCAGCAAACAAUUUAGAGAGACGCUUCUGGGAAGAUAUAGAUAGCGAUUUUGGUGAAAUCAAAGAAUGGAUGCGUCUGCAUGACGGUAGGACCUUGAAAACUACUAGAAAAAGGAGGAAGAAAGCUCGAUCAUGUGCUGAGAUCUACCAAAACUCCAGAGCUAUGCAGAUUUCAAAAGACAAAAUGAAGAGGAGGGGACGACCAAGUAGUGGACAUUCCAUUCCAACUUUUCUCCCAUCUAAGGCUUCAAUCGGUAGAUUAGGAGGGCUUCUAUGUAUAUGGAACUCUGAUAUUUUUUGCAAAGAAACAGUUCUUGAGGGGACGAAUUUUCUAGGUGUUUAUGGUUUUUGGGGUGAAAAUGCAGUUCUAGUUUUCAUCAUCAAUAUCUACUCCCCUUGUGAGUUAGCGAGUAAAAGAUUAUUGUGGGAGGAGUUAAGUAAUCUUGUCUCACCUUCUGCUAGUGGGAAUUGGUGUAUACUUGGUGAUUUUAACACAAUUAAAGGCCAACAUGAAAGGAAGGGUUGCAAAUCCUUAUCUAGUGAGAUGAGAGAAUUUUGUGAUUUCAUCAAUGAAUUGAAUCUGAUUGACCUACCACUGAUAGGGAGGAAAUAUACUUGGUACAAAUCAAAUGGAGAAUCAAUGAGCAGGCUUGAUCGAGCUCUUUUUUCUGAAAAUUGGCUGUCUAGUUGGCCUGAUAUGAAGCAAUGGUGUCUUGCUAGAUCAUGUUCAGAUCACUGCCCAAUUCUAUUGAAAAAUCAAUGGAGAACCAGAAGAAACAAAAUCAACUGCAUUCAAGUGAAGGGUCAACAGUUGACUGAAGUGGAUGAGGUAAAAGAAGGAGUAGCCAGCUACUUUGAAGACAUGUUCAAAGAUGAAGGAUGGGAAAGGCUGACACUUGAUGGCAUCCAUUUCAAUAAAAUCUCCCAAGUUGAAUCAUGCAUGCUCUCUGUUAAAUUUACUGAAGAGGAAAUCUACAAAGCUGUUUGGGAUUGUGAUAGCUCCAAAACCCUAGGUCCGGAUGGAUUUAAUUUCAAAUUCUUCAAGGAGAUGUGGGAGGUAAUCAAGCAGGACAUCAUUGGGUUUGCUGAUGAAUUCUACACAAAUGGGAAGCUAGUAAAAGGGUCUAAUGCUUCAUUUGUUGUCUUGAUUCCAAAGACAUCCAACACCCAGAAAAUUGAAGAUUUUAGGCCCAUUUCUCUUAUAGGCUCCAUGUACAAAAUCAUUACAAAGUUACUAGCUAAUAGGAUAAGGCUGGUAAUGGGUAGCGUGAUUGGGGUUCAACAAACUGCCUUUGUCAAGGACAAACUAUUGGUUGAUGGGGUCCUGGUUGCCAAUGAAGUGAUUGAUGAAGCCAAAAGAAGGAGGAAAAGUAGUUUUGUACUCAAACUUGACUUUGAAAAAGCGUUUGACAAGUCUUCCAGUCUUCCGGUCUUCCUCAUGUCGUUCUAUCUGCUUCCUAAAGGUAUUACUCAUACUCUUGAUAAACUUAUACAUAAGAGAGUCAUUAACUGGGUGAAAUGGGAAAAAGUCUGCAAAAGCAAGCUUGAGGGAGGGCUAGGCGUGAGAAACCUCCAAUUGUUCAACCUAGCUUUACUAGGGAUGUGGGAGGGCAACGACAAGGGCUCACUAUGGUGGAGAGAUCUAUGCAAGUUAAGAGAGUUGGGGGGUGGAACCAAUGAAUGGCUUAGGAGAGGAUUCCAAUUAAAAGUCGGAGAGGGAGCAUUAGUAAGAUUCUGGUCAGCAACAUUCAAUCAACCAAAUGGGGAACUGGAUAAAUGGCACUUGGAGUUGGAAUCUUCCAUGGAGAAGGAUGCUUUUGCAGAGAGAAAGAGCUCAGAUUGAUCCCCUUAUGAAUAUCCUAAAUGGGGUUAAAAUCCAACAUAGAAUUUAGGAUACUUGGAGAUGGGUGCACAGCAAGGAUGGUAUUU